UGUACACCUCUCUUCGCUUCCUCCUAAAUUCAUUUUCGCUUUCUCCAUUUCUUAACAGCAAAGCCUGAAACGAACACAGAGAGAGAUGCAUCUGUACAAUGCAUGGCUACCGCCACCAGUCGCCGAGGAAACCAAGAAAGAGAAGGAAGCCUUCUCUCGCGUCCUCUCCUCCGUAAAGACAUCCUACCGACCAGACGAUCCUGAAUCCGUCUAUGCUACUCUCAAAUGGAUCUCUGUCAUCGAGCUAUUUAUAAAAGCAAAAAGUGAGUUAUCCUUGGAAGAUGUGAAUGCACUCGUGGAAACUGGGUUAGAAUUAUUCCAUAUAUCAGAACACAAUCUCUACGCCCAGGUUAGAUGGGGAAAUGUGUUAGUGAGAGUGCUGAAUAAGUACCGAAAAAAAUUGUCCUUGAAAGUCCAGUGGAGGCCUUUGUAUGAGACUCUGAUUCAUACACAUUUCACAAGGAAUACAGGUCCAGAGGGGUGGAGGUUGAGACAGCGGCAUUUUGAGACUGUUACUUCGCUUGUUCGAUCCUGUAGGCGAUUCUUUCCUCAAGGUUCUGCCUUUGAAAUAUGGUCUGAGUUUAUAUCUCUUUUGGAAAAUCCGUGGCACAAUUCAUCCUUUGAAGGAUCUGGUUUUAUGAGACUGUUUCUUCCAACAAAUCCAGACAACCAGGAAUUCUUUUCAGAAGAUUGGAUUAAAAAAUGUCUGGACCUGUGGGACACAAUUCCAAAUUGCCAAUUUUGGAACAGCCAAUGGACUGCCGUUAUAGCUAGGGUUAUAAAGAACUACCGCCUUAUCAACUGGGAGUGCUUCCUACCUUCGCUUUUCAGUAGAUUUUUAAAUAUGUUUGAGGUUCCUGUUGCAAAUGGAAGUGGAUCAUAUCCUUUUUCUGUGGAUGUUCCAAGAAAUACAAGGUUCUUGUUCUCGAAUAGAACUGUCACCCCAGCAAAAGCUAUAGCAAAAUCAAUUGUGUAUCUGAUUAAACCUGAUACUUCAGCCCAAGAGCACUUCGAGAAAUUGGUCAACCUCUUAGAACAAUAUUACCAUCCCUCGAAUGGUGGUCGAUGGACUUAUUCAUUGGAAAGAUUUUUGCUUCAUUUGGUAAUUACAUUCCAGAAGCGUUUACAGCACGAGCAGCAGAAAGGAGAAGAUAAUGAUCAAGCUAAACCUUAUCUAGGAAAAUCAGAAAGAAGUUCCUUUGUUAAUGCAUUGUUGAAAUUAAUUGACCGUGGUCAAUAUAGCAAGAAUGAACAUCUUUCUGAGACAGUUGCUGCUGCAACUUCCAUUUUGUCGUACGUGGAGCCCUCCUUGGUUCUUCCUUUCUUAGAGUCUCGAUUCCAUAUGGCCUUGGAAACGACAACUGCCACUCACCAAUUGAAAACUGCUGUAACAUCAGUAGCAUUUGCCUCGCGUUCAAUUUUUCUCACAUCUAUAUCAGCUUCUUCACUUCAACCGGAUAAUCUUGGUGCUGGUGUCAAUAGUGAAAUGUUCAUUAAUCUUCUCAUGGUUUCACUUUCAAAUGCACUACUUGGUAUGGAUGCCAAUGAUCCUCCUAAAACUUCAGCAACCAUGCAACUUAUCGGUUCCAUAUUUUCGAGUAUGGCUAUGCUUGACGAUGAUGUAGAAGAGUUGUCGUUGAUGCCAAUGAUCCGAUUUUCUGAAUGGCUAGAUGAGUUCUUAUGUCGCUUAUUUUCUUUGCUUCUACAUUUGGAGCCCGGCAGUGUUGUAAAUGAAGGCCUACAUUCAUCACCAACAACUGGAACUUUCCUGGUCGAAGAUGGUCCUUACUACUACUGCAUGCUAGAAAUCUUGCUUGGCAGGCUUUCAAAAUCACUAUAUAAUCAGGCUUUGAAGAAAAUUUCUAAGUUUGUGCGGACAAAUAUUCUUCCUGGAGCAGUUGCCGAAGUUGGUCUACUUUGUUGUGCAUGUGUUCAUUCAAAUCCUCAAGAAGCAGCCGUUCAUCUUGUUGAACCAAUCCUUUCAUCUGUUAUAUCCUCUCUAGAAGGAACUCCUGUUACAGGAUAUGGUGGAAGAGAUAGUCUGGAUGUAUCAGUUUUGACCAAGGCAAAGGCAACUCUUUCUCCAGCUCUUGAAACAGCAAUUGAUUAUCAGUUGAAAGUAUUAUCAGUUGCCAUCAGUUAUGGAGGUCAUACACUUCUACGUUAUAAGGAUCAAUUCAAAGAAGCUAUUUUUUCUGCAUUUGAUUCUCCGUCUUGGAAGGUUAAUGGAGCUGGUGAUCAUCUUCUUCGCUCUCUCCUUGGGAGCCUGGUUCUUUAUUAUCCUAUUGAUCAGUACAAGUGUGUUUUACGUCAUCCUGCCGCUUUUGCAUUGGAGGAUUGGAUUAGCACAAAAGACUACACCACUGAUGAACCCAACAUGUGUCCCAAAUGGCAUGUUCCUAGCGAUGAUGAAGUUAAAUUUGCUGAAGAACUUCUAAACCAUCAUUUUCAAUCAGCUUUAGAUGAUUUUCUAAGAAUAUCCCAAACUAAAAUGCAUUCUGAUCUGGGGAAUGAGAAAGAGCAUUUGAAAGUGACUCUUCUGCGUAUUGAUUCUUCUCUGCAAGGUGUUUUAUCUUGCUUGCCUGAUUUCAGGCCAUCAUCCAGGAAUGGGACAGUUGAAGAUCCAUCUCAUGCUUCCUUUUUAAUGGCUGGUGCAACUGGCUCGCGUGUUGGCAGUACAGAACUGAGGGAAAAAGCUGCUGAGAUUAUACAUGCAGCCUGCAAAUAUUUGUUAGAGGAAAAGUCAGAUGAUAGUAUCCUGCUGAUACUCAUCAUACGUAUUAUGGAUGCCCUGGGGAACUAUGGAAGUUUAGAAUAUGAUGAGUGGUCGAAUCACAGGCAGGCUUGGAAGUUGGAAUCUGCUGCAAUUAUAGAACCUCCAAUGAAUUUUAUUGUGGGUUCUCAUUCUAAGGGAAAGAGAAGACCAAGGUGGGCACUUAUUGACAAGGCAUAUAUGCACAAUACAUGGAGAUCAUCACAAUCAUCAUAUCAUCUGUUUCGAACAAAUGGGAAUUUUUCUGCAUCAGACCAUAUGAUUCUUUUGAUGGAGGAUCUCCUAAAGCUCUCUUUGCAUAGCUAUGAGACUGUUCGAGCGCUUGCUGGAAAAACUCUCUUGAAGAUGAUGAAGAGAUGGCCGUCAUUGAUUUCCAAAUGUGUGCUUUCUCUUACUCAGAACCUGCUAAACCCCAGCACACCAGAAUAUGCUGUUCUGGGUUCUUGUGCUCUUCUUUCAACCCAAACAGUUCUCAAGCAUUUGACAAUGGAUCAAAAGGCAUUCUCAUCAUUUCUCCUUGGAAUUCUUUCAAGUUCUCAUCAUGAAUCACUGAAAGCUCAGAAAGCGAUCAAUGAGCUUUUUGUCAAGUACAACAUUCACUUUGCGGGAGUGUCCAGAAACAUAUUCAGGGCUUUGGACAAUCACGUAGAUGCACCAGAUUUUACAGAUCUAGUUUCUCAAAUUAGUUCUAUGAGUUUUGAUUCGACUAGCUUGCAUGGAGGUACAAUCUGAUGGCCAAUAGAGUCCUGCUCUUGUUGGCUAUGGCCUCUAGAAAUAACCCGAACAUUUCUUCCAAAAUUUUGAGUGAAACUGCUGGUCACUUCCUGAAGAAUCUCAAAAGUCAACUUCCUCAGACAAGAAUACUUGCAAUCUCAGCCCUAAAUACACUAUUGAAAGAAUCACCUUACAAGAUGUCUGCUGGAUAUCAGCAUGUACUCUCCAGGAACACACAAGAAAGUACCAAAUCAUCACUUGAAGGUGCAUUGACCCAAAUUUUCCAA